AUGGAACAAGAAGCGUUAGAAACAAUUCAUAAUCCGAAUGUAUCUAAUGAAAUAAGAAUUGAAGCACAAAAGUUUUGCAAUUUUGUAAAAGAUGAUUUUAUGGCGCCAUCAUAUGGGCAAAUAUUAGCUGGAAAAAAUAAUCAACAACCAGAUUUUGUUAGAUAUUUUGGUUUACAAUUAAUUGAAAAUAGCAUAAAAUUUAAAUGGAACGAUGAGGCUUAUAAUGAUAAAGAACGAGAAAAAAUUAAAAAAGGAGUCAUAGAAUUAGUCAAUGAGGGAAUUGAUAACAUAUUUGUUGAAAAAUUGUUUAUUAAAGAAAAAAUAGCAAAUUUAUUUGCAAAUAUUAUAAAGAUUGAAUUAACUGAUAAUUUAUUUGAGAUGGAUAAUCUUGCACAAUCUUAUUAUUUUUCAGAACCAAUAAAACAGGAGUUAAUGCUUAUCGCUUAUCGUUAUUUAGCUGAAGAUCUUGAUAUACGUGAUUCAUUGAUAAGUUUAAUUUCUAGCUUCAAUACUCUAAAGAAACAAUAUCCUCAUGGAGUUAAAAAUGAAAGCAAUCAACAAGGAAAACUUACAAUUAUGUACAGUGAUACAAACAAUGAAGGAUGGUUAAUAAGAUGGACAAGAUCAUUAAAUCAAUUAAUGAUUAAUUUCCAGAAUCAAGCUGCAAUUGAGUGUUUGUUGGUGAUUGUAUCUAGAAACUUUCAAAAUCCAGAAGAUCGAGCAAUUGUUCUUGAGCCAUUGCUUGAUGGAAAUCUGAUCGAAUUAUUAUUUUCCUCAUAUAGAAGGCUACAACCAAUUCUUUUAGAUGAGAAAGAAUACGAUUAUACAAAAAAAUUUGUUGAAACUUUGGUAGUUUUGGGUGAUAAGCAUAUUUGUUUCAAGAACAAUGGAACAUUACCUAAACAAUUUCAAAGAUAUUUAGAAUUAUUGUAUGAAAUUUCAAAACAUUCAUCAAAUUUUAUUGCUUCAUUAACAAUGAUCUUUUGGAACUCAGCAUUACGACAUCCAUUUAUCUCUAAAACUUUCAAUGAACAAGAAUCCUUAUUAUUAAUGUUAUUGGAAUUAUUUUCAAAUAGAGCACUACUUCUUAUGCAACCAUAUGAUGUUAAUAAUGAAAUAGUCUAUUAUAAUGAAUUGGAAUUUGACACAAUUAAGGAAUAUCAUAACUUUGCACAACCAAUUCGUACAAAAUGUAUUGAAGCAAUAAAAUUAGUAGUUCAAAUAAUACCAAUCCAAUCAUUCAAUUGGAUGUUUAAUCGAAUUCAACCAUUUUUCAAUAUUAAUCCUAAUCAAAAUGAUUUAGAUGAAAGUGGGGUGUGUAAGAUGGAUUCUUUGCUUUAUAUAAAAUUUGAUUUAGAAAUGACAAUAAUGGAAUCAGUCCUUUCUUGUAUUGGAACUUUUGUUAAAAAAGACCGUGAUAAAAAUAAUGAUGAUACUGAAUUAUUACGUGACCAAAUAGUUAAUGAAAUGAGAAAUUUACUUAAAAUUUUGCUUGACAUUGAAAAUUUGGAUUUACUAUUGAUGCAUCGAUACCUAAACUCAUUUACAUCAUUUGUGGAUAUGUUGAGCAUUGAUACUACCUUAUUGUUACCACUUUUACAAAAAAUUUUUAAAUAUAUAAUUUUUUGUCCUGAAGGGUUUCAUUUAUCAGCAAAAACAUCCAUGCCUUCAGCCAUUUCACGGUUAAGAUCUGGAGCAAUGACUACUUUGAUUAAACUUGGUGCUACUAUUCCUGAUAUUUUAAUGAAUUUAUAUGGUGAAAUAUCUUAUUAUAUAAACAAUAUAAUAGCUGCAGAUAAAAAAUUGAUUUCAUUACAACAAAAACAAGUGAUUUUUGAUUCAAUUGUUGAAAGUACAAUAAGUGAAAUUCAUUCAAAAAAAAUUAAAAGCUUUUUAUCAAAUAUAUCAGAAUUUUGUGAAGCUUCUGGGCUUGUACUGCUUUCUUCUGUUGUUAAUGAUAUGAAAUUGAAGGGAAUGUUUAGUUUUAAUUCAAUCUUGGAGGAGGGAUUCUUUGAAAGCUUUGAAGAUUGUAGAGUGAGAACAACUAAAUUAACAUGGUUAAUUAAUAGAAAUGAUUCAAUCAAAAUCAUUCCAGAACUAAAUCUAUGGGAAAAAUAUAUUCCCAUAAUAGCAACAUCAAUUUUAUCAUUAAUUAGAAAUAUUCAUUACCUUUGGAAUACUGAAUUAUGGGAAAAUAUUCCAGCCGAAUUACAAAGGAUUUUAGUGCCAAGUGAUGAAGAAAAAGCAUCAUAUUUAGGAUUUCAACAAAAGUCCAAUCCAACUAAUGAUGAUCAUUCUAAACAAUAUACCAUUGUAGGAAUGAUUGAACGAUUACAUAAAUGGCUUUAUAAUAUAAGGAUAGACUGCUAUCGCAUUCUUGGUUGUUUAACCUUUUUUGAACCAUUUUAUUCUAUUCCCAAUAUUCAUGAAUUAAUUGCAACUUCAUUAUUUGAAAAUGCAAAAUAUCCUUAUGUCAUGAAUUGUCAAACACCUGAAAUACUCUCGAAUGUAUUACCACAAUUAAUAAAACACUUGGAUCAAAAGUUGGUUAAUGAAUGGAGUAUUUUGAUCGAAAAAGGAAUACAAAUUUCACCGCAAGAAGAAACGAUCAAACUUUUUGGUGAUGUCUUGAAAAUGAGUAAUGAAUUUGAGGAGAUAUUAAAUGAAAAAUUGUUAAGAGAUUUAACAAGGGCUUUUAUUGAUUUUUUUGAAUCAAUCCUCAUUGAAAAAUCAAAAAAAAAUCCGAAUGAUGGUAAUAGUAAAAAUUUAAAGGAUUAUAUGCUGAAUUAUAUGCCUGUCACAGAACCAUUUUUAGUCAGUUUAUGUCAUCUUAUAACUUUUGAAGAUAUGAUAAGUUGUUCAAGAGCUGUUCAAUUAUAUAAUAAAAUGAUAAAAAGUUUAAUUCAAAAUGAAUCAUUAAGAAAUUUUGUUGGUAGAGAAUUAUUGAUAUCAGCAUUACAGGCGUUAAAUGAUGGGCACCAAAAGGAGAACCAUUCAUUGAUAAUAGCAUUAAUUACAGAAAUUUAUUUAUCGUUAAGACCAAUCUCUUCUGUGCCAUAUGAAACAUUUGGUCAAAUAUUAAAUUUAGAUCAUGUUAAAUUACAAGAUUUUGAAGCAUCACUUGUACAAGGAAUCGAUUUAAAAGAGCAAAGAAAUACGGUAAAAAAAUUUCUGGGAGAAGUCACAAUGACAGUCAAAAGUUCUUCAUCAUCUCAUAGAACAAUCAUUGGCGAUUAUAUAAAACCAAAAUUAAAUGUUCUAGAUAUAAUUGAUGAUUCAAAUGAGACAACAACAGGAUUGAAAGAGUUAUUUGAUUAG